CUCACAUUGAUGUGACACCCUGGAUGAGCUGCACUACCUGAGCCACUUGUGUGGGUUGUAGACUUCGUCCCAGGCAACCAACUAGAGUGAAAGCACCGCCAACAUCCAAAAGUGACCGAAACAUCAGCCAGAAAGCAUAGGAACUGAGAAGUGGUCUGUGAUCAACACUUGCAGAACCACUCCUUGGAGGUGUCUUGCUAAUAUCCUAUAAUUUUGCUAACAUUGACAUCACUAGGCGCUGGGCUUCAUCCCUGGAGAUGCUCUGCCAGGCCUCCACAGCAAGUCUUCAGUUCCUGCUUGUUCUUGGGGCGUUUUCCCUUCAGUUUUGUCUUUAGCAAGUGAAAUGCAAGCUCACGGAUUCAGAUCAGGUGAUUGGCUUGGCCAUUGCAUAAGAUUCCACUUCUUUCCUUUCUCAAACUCUUUGGUUGCUUUUGUAGUAUGCUUUGGGUCAUUCUUCAUUUUUUAGCAUUUGGUUGUAUAGGAGUAGAUAAUAUUGCCAAAUCCCAACUUCAGAAUUCAUCCUGCUGCUUUUGUCAGCAAUCUCAUCCUUUAAUAAAUACAAGAGAACCAGUUCCAUUGGUAGCGAUGCUUGCUCACACCAUGACACUACCACCACCAUCCUUCACUGCUUAGGAUCAUAAGUAAUUCCUUUCCUUCUCCAUACUUAUCUCAUCACUCUGGUACAAGUUGAUAUUUGUCUCCUCUGUCCAUCAACGCCGGUUGAAGGAUUUUUCAUUGCCAAUCUUAGCCAAUUGAAAUCGUUUGUUUUGGGUCAAUUUGUAAUUUCCACAACCAGUGCAUAGCCCCAGGGAUCAGAGAGGUUGGACUGUCCUCCCCCAGAUCCCUGUUAAACAAGCAGCGAAUGGGUUUUGACGUCACUGCUGCUGCCCUCUAUAAUAAGAUCAGACAAACAAACAGCAGAGCAGUUACUAAAGAUGAGAGGAUUCCUGAUACUGCUCAGUGUUCUGUUAGUGCUGGAGGCAACAGAGAGAAACAAGACUUAUGAACAACUAAACCAAGAAAAACGAGGAAUUGUUGACAAAGCUAUAGAAAAAGCUAAUCAGGAAUUUGGAAAACGACACCACCUUCAUUUUUCUUCCAUUGUACAAACUAAUGAUGGAAAAGGCAUGCUCCAUGUGUUAUUAAAACCCACCUCAUGUGAGAAGAUAACACCAGCCGUUCAUCAGGAAAACUGUGAAAUCCGAGAAAAGGCUAAGCCUCAGGUGUCUUGUGUUGCCUGUAAUGAAAACAUGAAUUGUUUCCUUCUCAAAGACCAUGUUAAGUCAAGAGAAGCUGCAAAUGAUUGUUCGGGACACUUUGUACUGAGCCAGUCGAGGAAUUUGAGCUAGAAAAAAACGAGCAAAAAAUUGCAUCUGAGAAGAAAAUGUUUAAGGAUUUUUGCAAGUGACCAUUUGAUUUAAAGAGUAGUAGUAAUAUUAAUGAAAUAUAACUUCUAAAACAUACCCCUUAAGCCAAGCCUAGGUAAACAUUUUCAAAUGAAAGUAUAUCUAGAAUUAAUUAUCAUCAGUGUUUUCAAUAUGCUUCAAUCUUCAUGUA